AUGGAGGUCAAAGAACUAUGUGAGAAAUUUAUUGCAGCUGAUAAAAUUAUUAAUGGUGAAAAUAAUGGCAAUUUGACGAUGUGGGAUAUGAUCAAUGAUCCAGAAUUUAAAACAUAUUGUGAUAGUAGUAAAUGUAGGACGACAAAGGAAAAGAUUGGUGGUUUGAGCGCGUAUUUAUUUAUGAAAGAAAGGGUACUGGCAACAAGGGAAAUUGGAACUUCUGGUCUGUAUGAUGAAUAUUUUUUGAUGUGGCUAAGCGAUAAAUUAUAUAAGAUAGCCCAUGACGAAGGCAAAUCCCAAAUCAACGACAUUACUUUAAAUUCGGCUUAUGAACAAUAUUUAAAGAAAAAUAUUGUGAAUUCUAAUCAUUUGGAUCUUUUAGAUAAAUUAAAUGGCUUGGAAGAAGUUAAUCUUAUGCAUAUGAAACAUUUUUAUAAGUUACUUAAUGAUAUAUGUAAAGUAAUUGCAUAUUAUAAUCCAAACGAUAAGGAUAAUAAUAAACUUAUUAGUAAUUCUGCCGAAUGUUAUAAUCAAUAUUCAUCCCUUUACGAUAGUGUUCCUAAAUGUAAUUCAUAUCUUCAUUUAUUGGAUAAUUUAAAAAAAACAUAUUAUAAUUUUAUAGAUUCUGUUAUUAAUGAAAAUAACAAAAAACCAGAUUUAGCAUGGGAUCUUAAAACACUUAAAACAUCAGAUGGAAAAGAUAAUUAUUUUGCGAAAGGGUUUACAACAUUUGAUUUCAAUAGUUCAGAGUAA